GAGAAAAUUUAGACAGAGUGGCCGUUCCCAACGGCCACCCCCCCACUCUCCCUUCUUCUUCCCUUUGGCCGGCCUACGUGCUCCGAUCACACUUCCUCCCUUUUUCCAACCCCAAACAAUUUCAAUUUUUAAAUUAAUCAAAUCCUCUCAUUUUGUUUAUUUUAUUUUAUUUCCUGGAAAUUUCCCACACAGAAUUGGUCAAUCAAUCCAACAAAUUUUAAUUAAUUUGAUUGAUUACCCACAUCCCCAUUUCUGUUCUUUCCUCCGAAUUUCGUAUUUUAAAAUAGUUUUUGAUGAUUUAAUUUUGUGGGGUUUCCUACAAAAAUUAAACCAAUCGAAAAAUGCAGAACAAUAUUUUGUCAACGAUGCGUAGUUUGAAGCUCAUAGAUGGUUGCAAAAGCACGCAAGUCUACGCAAUAAAUCCAUCCUCCGCCACCAACGGAGGUGGUAACAGCGGCGGAGGUGGUAUUGGUAUUGGUGCUACAACCGGGGAGAAGCUCCUCCACCAGCUCCAGGACCACCUCCGAGUCAACUCGGUCCGAUCCAAGACUCGGACGUCGUCGAAUUUGGAUGCGAAGAUCUUACAGGCGAAUCUUCUACAGGAAGCUCUGUUGCCUUACGGUCUCCCGUCGACAGAUCUAGUAGAACCCCAGGUAGAACCUUGUCUUAAAUUCGUUAAUUUCGUUGAAACCCUAGCUGAUGUGUAUAGGAGAAUUGAGGGUUGCCCGCAAUUUGAGAAAUCUCAAGUUUAUCUUGAACAAUGUGCCGUUUUUCGCGGUCUCGCCGAUUCAAAGCUGUUUCGGCGUAGUCUUAGAUCAGCUAGGCAGCAUGCGGUUGAUGUGCAUACGAAGAUUGUGUUGGCAGCUUGGUUGAGGUUUGAGAGGAGGGAGGAUGAGUUAAACGGGUCGUCGCCUUUGGAUUGUUGUGGGAGGAUCACUGAAUGUCCUAAGGCUAGUUUGAUUUCGGGGUAUAACCCGGAAUCUGCUUUUGAUGAGUGUCUUUGUCGUUGUAGGAGAGAUGAUGAUUAUAAUGGUGGUGGUGGUGGUGCUGGGUCUGUGGCGGGAGAUGAAGGUUUGGAUGGGUCUACUCGGAUUGAGGAUGAGGAAUGUUCGACUUCUGAGGAGGAUUUCGAUAUGGCUUUCGUUGUUGGAGAGGACGAAGUACGGUGCAUUCGUUAUAAUGUCGCUUCACUUUCUAGACCGCUGAAAACAUUGUUGUAUGGGAACUUUGUAGAAUCAAGGAGGGAGAAGAUAAAUUUAACCCAGAAUGGGAUAUCUGUCCAGGUUGUUAGAGCCUUGGAGUUGUAUAGUAGGAAGAAGAAAGUGGAUUUCUUGGAUCCACAACUUGUAUUAGAGCUACUUUCUUUGGCAAACAUGUUUUGUUGCGAUGAUUUAAAAUCCGCUUGUGAUGUUUAUUUAUCAUCAUUAGUUAUUGAUAAAGAGAGUGCUUUGAUGCUAAUGGAUUAUGGGUUGGAGGAGGCAUCAUCUCUUUUAGUGGCUGCGUGUUUGCAAGUGUUCUUGAGAGACCUCCCUGGUUCGUUACACGACCAGAAAGUGAUGAAAUACUUCUGCACUUCAGAUGCUAGUAAAAAGUUAGCAUUGACUGGGCAUUCUUCUUUUCAGUUAUACUAUUUCCUUAGCCAAACUGCUAUAGAAGAGGACAUGAAAUCUAAUAUAAUGGUAAUGUUGUUGGAGCGUCUGGUGGAGUCUGCAACUGAGUCAUGGCAGAAUCAACUCGCAUUUCAUCUUAUGGGCUGUGUAUUUUAUGAGAGGAAAGAAUAUAAGGAUGCCCAGAGUUGGUUUGAGGCAGCUGCCGAGGCAGGUCAUGUUUAUUCAUUAGCAGGUAUUGCCAGGACAAAGUAUAAGCGCGGACACAAGUACACAGCAUACAAGCUGAUGAAUUCAUUAAUAUCUGAUUACAAGCCCUCUGGAUGGAUGUAUCAGGAACGAUCCCUUUAUUGUGUAGGGAAGGAGAAAUUGGCAGAUCUUGAUAAGGCCACAGAUUUGGAUCCAACUUUAUCAUUUCCUUACAAGUAUAGAGCGAUUGCACUUCUAGAGGAAAAUAAAUUAGGAGCAGCCAUCUCUGAAAUAAACAAAGUUAUCGGUUUCAGGGUCUCUCCAGACUGCCUUGAAUUGCGUGCUUGGUUUUCUAUUGCUUUUGAAGAUUAUGAAGGGGCUCUUAGAGACCUGCGUGCACUUUUGACUUUGGACCCUUACUACAUGAUGUUCCAUGGAAAAAUGCCUGGAGAGCAGUUGGUGGAGCUCCUUCGCACUCAUGUCCAGCAGUGGAGUCAGGCUGAUUGCUGGAUGCAAUUAUACGAUCGAUGGUCAUCCGUUGAUGAUAUUGGAUCUCUAGCUGUUGUGCACCAUAUGCUAGCAAAUGACCCGGGAAAAAGUCUCCUUCGAUUUCGGCAAUCUCUCCUUCUCCUUCGAUUGAACUGCCAGAAGGCUGCAAUGCGUAGUCUACGAUUAGCUCGAAACUGUUCCACUUCUGACCAUGAAAGGCUUGUUUAUGAAGGGUGGAUCUUAUAUGAUACCGGCCAUCGUGAAGAAGCUUUAGCAAAGGCUGAAGAGUCCAUAUCCAUCCAGAGAUCAUUUGAAGCAUUUUUCUUGAAAGCAUAUGCUUUGGCAGAUUCAAAUCUUGAUGAGGAGUCUUCAUCUUAUGUAAUCCAUCUUCUGGAGGAAGCUCUUAGAUGCCCUUCAGAUGGUUUACGUAAAGGACAAGCAUUGAAUAAUUUAGGUAGUGUCUAUGUAGACUGUGAAAAGCUGGAUCUUGCUGCUGACUGCUACAUGAAUGCUCUUAACAUUAAGCACACGAGAGCACAUCAAGGUCUUGCGAGGGUCUAUCAUGUCAAAAAUCAGCGAAAAGCUGCAUAUGAUGAGAUGACUAAGUUGAUAGAAAAAGCAAGGAACAACGCAUCAGCUUACGAGAAACGUUCUGAGUAUUGUGACCGUGAAAUGGCAAAGAGAGAUCUUACCAUGGCAACACAACUUGAUCCCCUGAGGACGUACCCAUAUAGAUACAGGGCAGCUGUACUAAUGGAUGACCACAAAGAAGAGGAGGCAAUAGCAGAACUCUCAAAAGCCAUUUUCUUCAAACCAGACCUGCAGCUUCUCCAUCUUCGAGCUGCAUUUCACGACUCAAUGGGAAACUUUGCUGCCACACUUCGAGAUUGUGAAGCAGCACUUUCACUUGAUCCGACCCAUGUAGAUACACUUAAGCUUUAUAGUGAGGCUCGAGAACGAGUUGAUGAUCAACAACUCAGCAGAUGCGAGUCCUUUAACAGAAAAGAUGCACCUGAUUUUCAUGGCAAUCUCAACUAUGCUGCAAGAGCUUUUCAGUAAAAACAUUAAAAAAAACAAAACAAAAAAAAUGGCCAUUACUACCAGUCAGCAUUUGCAAAUAUAUUUGCAGAUUGGUUUGCUGGCUUCUUCAUGUAUAAGAAAGAUGCUGAGGAGAGAGACGAAGAUCUGAAGUGAAGGAAACAGGAUGGGAAAAGAGGCAAGUCGAAAUGUAAAUAUUAUAUCGACUUGGUUGCAGUGAGAGUAGCAGUGACAUUACCCUGCUGCUGCGGCUUUGUUUUAUGCUGCAGCCGAGGAAGGAAUUUGUUUUUGUGUAGAUGGCAGGCAGCUUGUAUGUACACAGGGUUGGGUUUCUGUUUUGUUGUUGUAACAUUAUGUAUUGUUUUGCAUUGGCAAAUUUAUGAAAUUUUCCUCCCCUUGAAAUGACACAAGGAGGUUUGUCCUUCAUAUAUAAACUCUGUUUCUUACACAA